CUAAACUAAUCGCUUAUGCUCACAAAAACUACUAUCCAAGUUUUAUAGUUUAUUAUACCAUCGAUCAUCACAAAAUAGAAUCUCAGAGCAUGUCAACUUCUCAACCAGUUAAUUCAAGCCAACAUGAAGUCCCAUACAUCAAGCGACCAAAUAUAAAUUUUCGUCCUAGUGUUUGGGGAGAUUUUUUUCUUCAAUAUGAUUCUCAAUCUCAAUCAAUGGAAAUCAUCAAUGCCGUUAAGCAACAAGAACAAAUGCUAAAAGAAGUGAAAAAUAUUUUUCUAUCUUCCAAGAAUGAUAUGGGACAACAACUAAACUUGAUAGACUCAUUGCAGCGUUUGGGAAUAUCUUAUCAUUUUGAAAGUGAAAUUGAUGAAGCAUUAGAACAAAUCUACAAAUUUUUUACUAAUAAUAAAGAUAUGAGCACAAAAGAAGGUGGUCUUCCAUUUCUUGCACUAGCAUUUCGUUUGCUUAGGCAAAAAGGACAUCACAUUUCAUCUGAGAUAUUUGAAGAAUUCAAAAGCAAUAAAAAAAACUUCAAUGAAAAGCUAUCCAAAGAUGUACAAGGAAUAUGGAGCUUGUAUGAAGCUACACAAUUAAGGAUUAAUGGUGAAGUUAUAUUAGAUGAAGCACUUGAUUUCACAUACACUCAUCUUAAUUCCUUGAUCAUCACCAAUGAUCAAUUGAUUAGUCCUUUUCUUGUCACACAAAUACGUCGCUGCUUAAAGACACCUCUUCACAAGGGAGUUCGUAGGUUGGAAACAAUGUUUUACAUUUCUUCUUUAAGUGAAGAACUUUCUCACAAUAAAGUUCUUUUGAAUUUUGCAAAAUUAGAUUUCAAUAAGAUGCAGAAAAUGUACCAAAAAGAACUCGGGAGUAUCACCAAGUGGUGGAAAAAAACAGACAUCGAGACAAAAGUCCCUUACGCAAGGGAUAGAGUUGUUGAGGCUUACUUUUGGCAAUUGGUUUUGUCCUAUGAGCCUAGAAAUAGCACCGCAAGAAAGUUAGGGACAAAAUUGACAAAAUGUGUUUCUAUUUUAGAUGAUACUUAUGAUGCCUUUGCCACGGUUGAAGAACUUGAACUUUUUACACAUGCCAUUCAAAGAUGGGAUAUUAGUCUUAUUCAAUCCCUUCCAGAGAGCAUGAAAGUUGUAUUUAAUACAAUUUUAGAACUAUGGGGUGAAUAUGAGAGGACAAUUGUGGAGAAUAGAAAAUCAACUUUACUAUUGGAGUAUAUUAAAGAAGAUUUUUAUAAAUUGGCAAAAUCCUACUUGGUUGAAGCAAAAUGGUGCAAUGAAGGAUAUAUUCCAACAUAUGAUGAAUACAAGGCUAAUGGAAUUAAGUCUUCUGCAUUCCCACUUUUACUAUUAUCUUUUGUUGGGCUUGGAGAAUUUUCAAACAAAGAGUUGCUUGAUUGGAUUUUCAGCAAUCCAAAAAUCAUCAGUGCUACAUCAACUAUUGCCAAAAUCGCAGAUGACAUAGCCUCGCAUAAGUUUGAGCAGCAAAGAGUGCAUGUUGCUUCUUCAGUUGAAUGUUGCAUGAACCAGUAUGACAUGUCACAACAAGAGGCUUAUAAACUCAUUUUCAAAGACAUUGAAAAUUAUUGGAUGAUUAUGAAUGAAGAGUGCCUAAACUUAAACUCUAUCCCAAAUCCAGUGCUUGAAACUAUUAUUAAUUUUGCACGAGGAUGUGGAUUUAUGUACGUAGACUAUGCGGAUAAAUACACAAAUGCAGAACUACUCAAAGACUACAUUGUUAAACUGAUUCUCGAUCCUAUAAGCAUCGAGAAAUGUGGGUAGAAGAAGCAAAAACAAUUAUAACAAGUGGCUUAUUUUACUUGUUUAUACAUCCAUGUUUUUUGCUUAAUUGUUAAUCGUUUUUAUUAUUGUAUUGGUACCACAAAAUGGUAUACUGCCACAAUUUAAAAUAUAAGUUUUCUUCCCACUA